AUGGCUGCCGUGGCCUUCGAGCAACAUCCCAGAUUCGAUCUUGGAGGAGCUUGGAACUGGACAUUCAACGCUACGCAGUACGUGCCAUCUGCGAAAGAUCUCGCUCUUGCUGGACCUCGCAUGUUCUUGAAGCUGGGCUCCUUCCUAGCUGUACCUGAAGCUGUCGACAACAUAUUUGGAAGUGUACGAUUAGGGCAGAGGGUUAUACCAGAAGCUACGGGAAACGGUGGGAUCGUGGAUGCGGUUACUACAGCUGCUGCUGGAGGACAGGGGACCGCAAACGCUUUCCAAGCUGGGACACAAAUACUGGUGGACGUAAACGACCAAGCCGGCGGUUUGUCAAAUCGCUUUACAAUGGAGAGUGUCCGGAGCUUGGGAAACGUCUUCAGCUAUGCCACCAGCAAAUGGGCACUGGGAUGUAUAGUUGUGGCUGUGAUCUUGAACAGGACCUUUGUCUAUGCUUCAACGCGGCGGAACCUGGCUCUGCCCUGGAAGGUUCGAUUUCUCGUCCGACUCCUGCCGAUUAUUCUACUGCUGGUUCAGUGCCGGUCAAUGCUGCAGUCGAUACAAUGUCAGACUUCUCCGGAUUUUGCGCUCCUGCGCUGGGGCAAUGCUUCGAAGUCCUCCGAGUUGAUGUUCACGCAAAAUGGAGGAUAUCUACACGAGCUUAGUUCGGCACUUUUGUUUGGAGCAAGUGACGAAGCUUCAUGCGUGGCUGUUGGUAUGGUAGAACCUGGAUUCGAUGAGGAUAUUGCAGGUACGACGCACGAUGGAGAAAUGCCAAAGACGGAACUUACAGGAUCUCUAUCUCUACUAUGGCCGCUUUUCAAGACAUUUUGCUUCAGUCAGUUUGUGGAAACUCUCUCUUGUGCAGUGGCAGGUCGGCCAGUGGCUGGGGAGACUGGAAUGACGCUCUUUGAGCAUUCGCUGGCUUUUGCAGAAGCUGAUGCUGCGAUUGGAAACCAGCUUGGAUUUGGACCAUUUGGGACCAUAAAGGACGGUAAUUCGAGCUCAACAGCUGAAGCAAGCAAGAUUGCCAUUACACGCAGCAUGAUCAUGAAAAAAGUCAACACAACACCUGAAGUGCUCCUCGUCGGAUUUUUAUCGGCCAUGAACCACCUCACAAGUCACAUUCUUGCCAUCUUCAACCUGCAAGGACGCUGUCGCCUUGCCAAUACUGGUUUUUGGGGCUUGGCAUUCAUGUCAGCUAUUGUCUGGAGCAUCUGGUCAUUCUCAAUUGAUGACCUCCCAAAUCAGAGCUUGCUGAGAUUCCCGACGGUCUGUAUCAUUGGGUUCGUUCCGCAUGUUCUUGUACUGUUCGGCAUAAUUGGGUGCUCCUUCAUCUAUGGAACUGCCCUGGUCUUGUCAGCCUUGGCUCCACCAGCAGUUGAAGACGUAAACUCUCCUGAUGAUGAACCUUCGCCAUCACACAGUCCAUUCUACAAAAGGGUGCUAGCAGCACAUCGAAACAUGCAAGCAAACGUUCCACUAUCUGGCAUUCGAAUCACACUGCACAUGGAUUUCUAUACUGCUCUAUUGAGAACUGGCUUUGCCAUCAUGACCAUGGCUAGUGAAGCUGUUUACCUGAAUGAGAGUCGUGGGGUCAGUAUCAAGCAACGCACGUGGCUUGAGGAGGAUCGCCUUCGGGAGAUUGAGGCUGUUGGUGCACAGUGGCUGGGUCCAACCUUCAAGCUCAACGAUCCAGAUGCAAGUCUUGCAGACGGCUUAUCUGACAACAUUGGCUUGGUUGCCGCCAAAGACCAGCCUAUGGAUCUUCUCCAAAAGUCAUCGAGUGGCUACGCGAGAGAGAUGACCGCAAAGAAGCCUGUCGCGAAUGGCAAGGGUAGGGAUAGAGGCAUUGGUGUUAACGGAGUCGGAGCUACCGAAAGAAGUGGACGAUGGAUCAUGGCCAUGGAAUUCUUCCUCGGUAUUGUUAGACUACUCCUGAGCUGGUGGGCAUCUAUUGCUCUGAAGCUGCUUUCCCGAGCAGGAUACCAAAGCCGGCCACGAUGGCUCUUGUGGCUUGUCAGAAUGCCCAAAGCAAAUCAGGCUGCGGCAUCGACACCAGACAAGAACGAUCCAGACUCGCUCAAUUUCUGGCUUCUUAGCAUUGAUGGAGAGAUGACCUUACCAAAAGAUGAGCAUGUGGACGUUGAGGCAGAGAUGAGAAGCAGAAUCAGGCAAUCACAGGGAGAUUGGGAUGGCUCGGAAGAAAAGACAUUGGAUUCGAAUUUGUAUAAUUGGUGGCUUCAUGGAGGCUGGUGGGGAGGUGAUGAUAGCAGUGGGAAUUUCAACCCGGACCAAGCCGAAUUGGAUGAAGACACUACCAGCGUUGUGUCCUUCUCAACGACCACUGAUGACCAGGACUGGGAGUCGGAGAGUGGUAAUGACGAUGGUCGAAGGACACCUACCCAAGAAAACCCUUUCUUUACUAGAGAGUCUAGUCCGUUUACCGACACGCCUCUCACCUCUUCCGACCUUGCACAAUUGCUUCACCCAAAGACUCCCGAGCAACGAGCCGAAGCUCAGGCCCUAUCCGCUCAUCUGCAGAGUGACAAGAUCGUAACUCGUUCUCGAUACCGCAAUAUUGUCCAACGCGAACGGGCGAAAGUGCUUACAUCAACACUCUAUCGCCCGUCAAACUUCGCUGCAUCUUCGGCAACAGGAAAGCUCACGCUGGAAGAAGAGGCGCAAAUUCUCGAGCACCUCAUCAUCUCACGCCGAAGCUUCAAUGCAUCCACAUCCUCUGGUCAGUCAAAGAGUUGGGCUGAAGGCGCGUCUGGCAUGGGUGAUGGUGGUCCUCAAUGCGUGGUAUGCCAGAGUUCGCCAAGAAGUAUCAUUGUCUGGCCAUGUCGAUGCUUGAGCUUAUGUGAUGACUGUCGGGUCACACUUGCAAUGAAUAACUUCGAUAAAUGUGUCUGCUGUCGCAGAGACGUGGCGAGUUUCUCGAGAGUGUUCGUUCCUUGA